AUGGAUUUAAAAAUUUCAAAAAAGGCAGCUCGAAGAAGACGUCAAAGAUUAAAACGAAAAGGUUUGUCGGCGGAAAACAUUUCGGAAGAAAAUCAAUUUGAAGAAAUUUCAAAGGAAGGAAAAGAAGAAGAAAAGCAGGGAAAUAUGAAUAAAGUUAAUGAGAAAUCAAAGGAACAAAUCUUGGCAGAACGUCAAGCGAAGAAGACUGCAAAGAUGCAAGGCAAGAAAAAGGAUAAUGCAAUCGUUUCAAGUCCUAAAAAUGAGGUAAAACUUGUUGCAACGACGGCACCAUCACCGAAUAAAACUGCCGAGCAGAAUUCAUCGCAUUCAACAACAUCUAAAGAAGUUAAUAGACAAGAAACUGAGAAAAGUAGAGAUCAAGUUCAUUCAGAACGUGAAGCACGAAAACUAGCAAAACAAGCAGCAAAGAAGAAAGGAGAAAAUUUAAAUCAAGAAAAAGAAAAAAAUCCGAUAAUGAAAACAAAUUCCGAUGUUGAACUGGCAGUAAAAAUGGAGAAUCUUCACAUCGCUGAUGACACAAUAAAUUUAGAAACUUCAUUAACAAAAGCAAAACCAGCAACAAAAGCAGAACGACGUGCAAUUCAAGAAGCUCAACGAGCUGCUAAGACAAAGUUAGUCGAAGAUAAGAAAGCGAUUGUUUCAAAACCAAAAGCAGUUGUCGAGUCACCUAAAGUGAGCACAAAACCAACACCGGCAGUAGCUGUAACAAAGAGUGGAAGUAUCACAAUAGCAAAGUCAACAGCCGUCCAUAAAGUUAAAUUAUUUAAACAUCUUUAUGCUGAUAAAUGUGAUUUGAAUAUUAAAGUAAAUCAACAACUUCAUCCAGCUAUAAUUAAAUUGGGACUUCAAUAUGCAAAUGACCUGAUUGUUGGAUCCAAUGCCAGGUGCUAUGCGUUUUUAAAUGCAAUGAAAACUCUUGUUAACGAUUACGAAACGCCACAAGAAAAAGUUUUUAGCAGAGGUCUUGAAGCAGAACUUCAACCAGCUGUUGAAUUCCUUCAAAAUUGUCGACCUUUUGCAGUCUCUAUGACGAAUGCUCUUAAAUAUAUUAAAAUGCUUGUUUCACUCGAAGAUUCUGAUACAAGUGACGAUGAUAAGAAGCAACGCUUGAUUGAAAAAAUUGACACAUAUGCAAAAGAACAGAUUGAAACAGCGGCAAUUGCAAUAAGUUUGAAGGUUCGAGAGAAAAUUUCUAAUGGCGACGUCAUUCUCAUUUAUGGAUGUUCAUCUUUGAUCAAACGAACAUUAGUUGAAGCUUACAGAGACUCAGAGAUCAAAUUUCGAGUAAUUAUUGUUGACUCGCGACCUGAUCAUGAAGGACAAGAAAUGCUUAAGUCGUUAGCAGUGCUAGGAAUUAAUUGUACUUAUGUCUUCAUUAACUCCAUCAGCUUCAUCAUGCCGGAAGUGACGAAAGUUCUUCUUGGAGCUCAUGCUUUGCUUGCCAAUGGCUAUGUCAUGUCUCGUGUUGGAACCGCACAAAUCGCAUUAGUUGCCAACUCUUACAACGUUCCAGUUCUUGUUUGUUGUGAAACACACAAAUUUAGUGAACGUGUUCAAACCGAUGCUUUUGUCUUCAACGAACUUGGCGAUCCAAAUGCACUCGUCACAAAUAAAAACACACGCGAAAUCUCAGAACAUUUGAAGGAUUGGGAGACAAUUCCAUAUUUGACACCAUUAAAUCUUCGAUAUGACAUCACGCCACCCGAACUGGUCACAGCUGUCGUUACAGAAGUCGCAAUUCUUCCUUGCACAAGCGUCCAAGUCAUUCUUCGUGUUAAACCAGCAGAAUAAAAACUUUUUCUUUUAUCAUUUUUUUUUAUUAAAAACCAAUGUUGAUAGUUACAAUCGAAUGAAUAAAAAGGAAAUAUUAAUAUUAAUGAUAUGGAAAGUUUCAAUUAUUGUGAGUGGAAAAGCGAAGUUCAAA